AAUAGGGCGUGGCAUGGCGGCAGAGCCAGAUCACCACGUGUUGGAGGUGCAAAAGUUGGUGGAAGAUCUUCAAUUGGAGCCAUUAGAACCUGAAGGUGGCUUCUUCAGACGCACCCAUUAUUCGAGCACACAAGUACAGGGGCCAGAUGGAGAUGGUCAAGCCUUGAGUGCAAUCCUGUACCUGAUGCUGAGCGAUAACGUGUCCAAACUCCACAGGUUAACGGUAGACGAGGCAUGGCACUUCUACCACGGUUCCCCUGUCACGAUUGUGGAGUUGGACAGCUCAGUUGAUGGCCAUGUCAGGACAACUCGCCUGGGUUCUGUUGAAUUAGGUCUUUGUCCGCAGUAUACUGUCCAGGCAGGAACUUGGUUUGGAGCCUUUCCGGAGGGUGCCUUUGCCCUCGUAGGCUGCACUUGCGGCCCAGCUUUUGAGUUCAAGCAUUUUGAGAUGGCAGUCAGACAUUUGUUGCUGGACACAUACCCGGAAGCUGAGCAGCUCAUUAAACGUCUCUCGUAGGGCUGGCGGCCGGGCCGCAGUGCAGACUGAGACCGUCCACAAUAGCAAAGCUCGCAUGGUGCGACACUGAAACUAGCUGGCUGAAAUCUAGCCUUUAAAUUUUUGCAUCCUCCGGAUGCAAGAAACCUCCUAAGUGAGGCAAUGCACAAACCACAAAACUUGGGAAUCUUGCGGACUUCAUCAAGUGCCACUCCUCCCUUUGACUGUGAUGGAAACUAUGAACCCCCUUCCAGAACCGUGGCGUCCUGUUAGAUCUAUAAUUAGUUUGGAGCCCAAUUCGGGUCAAUAUUAGGGGCUGGGAUUGCACAUGUGUUAGUUUCAUAUACUACUGACAAACUACUGCCUUUUGGCGGGAAGCUCCUGAAG